AUGACGGACCCUUUUGAUUCGAAGAGAUGCAUCUCUCCGAACGAACCUUGUGCAACCGGAGCGAUCUCUACCAACGCGAAUUCCGUUUCUCCCAAGGACUCAUGUCGAAACAAAUGUUCGUUGUUCAAAAAGAAGAAACCUAUAAAUGAGUCUCACUUGAAGUUUGAGAUGGAUUUGGUGUGGGAGAAUCUCACCUACGAGGUGUUGGUCAAGGGAAAGAAAGGCGAGGAAGACGUUUACAAGCCGCUGAUUACCAACUUCAGCGGCCGCGCGAAAGCCGGGCGGGUGCUGGCGAUCAUGGGGCCCUCCGGGGCGGGUAAAACUACCUUCCUGGGCUGCAUCACUGGCACAAUAUCAAACUCUUCCGGCGUCAUGAAAGGUUGCUGUUUUCUCAACAACACGGUCUAUCAGCAGCGCUACAAGGCCCUCACCUCGUUCGUUUGUCAGGACGAUAUUGUGAUGUGCAAGGAUACCCCUCGGGAGGCGAUCAACUUCUCUGCCCGGCUCCGUCUAGGGCUCAGCAAAGAGGAAGCCGACCAACGCGUUGAGGAGGUGAUUGAGCGGCUGCACCUGACGAAGUGCCAGAACACCUACCUCGGCAUGCCGGGCAUCCUCAAAGGCGUCUCCGGCGGCGAGCGCAAGCGCACAAACAUCGGCGCGGAGCUCGUGACCAAUCCUUUUAUCCUUCUGCUCGACGAGCCGACGACCGGGCUUGACUCGGUUAACGCCCUGCGCGUUGGGCAACUCCUGCAGGACCUCGCGAAGAACGACCACCGGACCGUCAUCACCACAAUCCACUCCCCCAGCUCUGAUCUUUUUGAACAGUUCGACGACCUCCUUCUGCUUGCGAAGGGAUAUACCAUCUACCACGGCCCCGCCGACGAAUCCGUGGACUACUUCACCUCCAUCGGCUACAAGGUCCCAUCGCACACCAACCCGACGGAAUACUACAUGAACAUCAUGCAGCUCCCGGAGGAGAUAAUCUUGGAGCUCAAGAUGGCCUGGGAGAACCACGUCGCAUCGGACGCGAGCAGGAAUAACCCCUGUCUGGUGCCUUUAACGGGACCGAUUACGACAUCCAACCCAGAUAUGGAGGAAAUCAUCUCACGGAGAUAUGCGAGUUACUACCUCCAGGUCUACAUGCUCUUUACGCGGGCACUUCGGAUGUUCUUCCGCGAUUCCGUCGCGUUUGUUGGGCGCUGGGUCCAGACAAUAUUGUUCGGCGUGCUUUUUGGACUUUUCUUCUUCGGAUUAAAGCUUAAUGAUGAAGGGGUACAGGACCGCAAAGGUAGCUUAUAUAUGGUCCUCGUGAGCGGUCUUUUUACCUCGAUCUCAGCCGGUGUGAGCUCCUUCGCCACCGAGCGCCCCAUUUUCUUACGAGAACAAGCCACCUGCACUUACAACGCUUCCAUAUUCUUCGUUACAAAGGCCCUGGCGGAAUUACCAUUCCAAAUACUUUUUCCCUCCGUGCUAUGCACAAUUACCUAUUUUAUGAUGCAUCUCUACCGAAGCGCGGACGCCUUCUUUUCGUACUUGUUCAUAAUGAUCCUCUUCGCCAACCUCGGUUACUCCCUCGGUCUCUUCAUAGCGUCCUUCUUUAAAGACGCCCAGGUGGCCUUCGCGGUGAUGCCGGCCAUCAUGCUCCCGCUCUUCAUCACCGCGGGGCUCUUCUCCAACACGGAGCGCCUGAUACCGUACUGGGAGUGGCUGAUGUAUAUCUCCUUCCCUCGUCACGCCUACAUCGGCAGUGUCGUCAACGAGUUCUCGCGGCUCGAUGUGAUUUGCAACCCUGUCACCCCGACCUGCAGCAUCCCGAAUGGGAAGACCGAGAUUGAGUUGUUGGGCUUCUCGGACUGGCGGGUGUGGAAGACCUACGUCUCACUCGGCAGUUACUACGUGGGCUUCCUGAUUUUGGGGGGGAUCUCGUUACAAGUUCAAGGGAUGAAACAGCGCAGGAUGAUCUCCUUCGUUGAAAACGUGAAGGAUCGGGUGGCCUCGCCACGCGUUUCCGCCGCCUCACCCACGCAAAGGCAACCCCCAACGGAAAGUCCCCUUAAGAACUCCCAGAAGACCCCACAGAAGGACUCAGCGCUCCCUGUCGACAAGAAUCUGGUGAAUCCGCUGAGAAGUGGACGUAAACACUGA